GAACUCUUAUCUCCUGCAACGUCUUCUUUAACCGUUUCCAAAUUCGUUCCACUUUGUUUGUUUAUCUACACUACACUACACUGCAUCACUCACUCACUCCUCUUAUUCAUCUUCAUACAACACAAUCUCGUUCUAUCAACCUUCAUCUUCUUUUUCUUUUUCUUCUUCUUCAUCCUGUAACAACAGAUGGAAUCAUUUGAACCAGCUAAACAAGAUAAGGUGGAAUUGGGUUGGAUAGAAUGGCUCAAAGGAUGGUAUAAUUUGGUUCUAGAGACAUUUUUAGAGAAAUACUGGUCAAGACAUCUACCAACCCCAUUCCCUCUGCCACCACUCAACGGUAUAACCGCCAUUGUCACCGGUUCCACCAGUGGAAUCGGACUUGAAACAGCCCGACAAUUAGCCGAGGCAGGCGCGCACGUCGUUAUGGCCGUAAGAAACCCCAUUGCAGCUCGUAAAUUGGCCCGCAAAUGGAACCAAGAACUACGAAAAAAGUAUCGUUGGGAAGUUCUUAAAAUUGAUGUGAUGGAACUCAACCUGAGUUCGUUUGAAUCAGUAGCGAGAUUCGCAGACGCGUGGAACUCUAAAAAGAAACCGUUGAAUAUUCUUAUCAACAACGCGGGUAUGUUCUCAAUGGGAAAGUCUCAGAUGUUUACGGUUGAUGGGUAUGAAAUGCAUAUGCAAGUAAACUUCUUGGCACCAGCUUUGCUUUCGCUGUUACUUUUGCCGUCUCUAAAAGCGGGUGCUCCUAGUAGAAUCUUGAAUGUGAAUUCGUUGAUGCAUGCCAUCGGUUUUGUGGACACGAGGGAUAUGAACUUCGAUAGAAAGAUAACCAAAUUUAGCAGUUUAAGAGCGUACUCAAGCAGUAAGCUUGCGCAAGUCAUGUUUAACAAUGUGCUUCAUCAAAGCAUUCCUAAAGACGUGAAAAUUAACGUGAUGUGUGUGAACCCUGGGAGCGUUCGUACAAAUGUGGCUAGGGAUCUCCCGAGAAUAGUUCAAGUUUUGUAUAAAACACUACCGACGUUUCUCUAUACCGCUAAAGAAGGUGCUAGAAGCGUGAUGUAUGCAGCGGUUUAUGAUGAGAUUUGGGAGUACUGUGAGAAGUUGAAAAACGAAGAAUGGCCCGUUUGUGCUUACGUGGCUUGCAACUGUACCACCAUGAGUCCUAGCAAAGAAGCGCAAAAUCUAGAUAUUUCGCGCAUUGUGUGGAAGCGGACACUUGAUAUCAUUGGCUUUCCAAAUGAUGCGAUGAAUUUUCUUUUAUCCGGCAAAGAAAUUCGUUGGCAAUAUUCGGGUUUUGUUGCCAAGAUCUCCGGGUGAUUUUUAGUUGAAGUGUAUGCUAGAAUACUUGCAUCCCUUUGGGUUCAUUCUUCAUGGAUAUAUGACAUAUAGUUUUACUUUUAGAGACAGUUAGGGUACAGCAUAAUUGCAUUCUAUGCCUCAUUUUUCUGGGUUAUUUGUUUGGCCCAAUUGGCCCAUAUCAUGUAAUAUUCAAAUAACCAAGCCCAAUAAUCAAAUCGGUCCAAUCUCAGCCUUGUAUUGAA